UCAAUCUUGGAGAUAGUAGUUUUGAACUAUCAAAAUCAGUUCCAAAGCUUUGCACCUCAUCCAGCAAAUGUGAAAUAUUUCUAAUACAUUUAAUAAAGGAGAAAGGCAUGGAGUCCUCUUCACUUUCGAGAACACUAAAACCCUUAACAUUCACAUCUUCAUCCAAUUCUAUCCCAACCAAACAACUUUCCGCAUUGCCAAUCUCCAAAACAAAACUAAACGAAUGCCAAACUCACUUCUUAACAACGUUAUAUGCCACCUUGAAUAGUCCAAAACCUUCGCCAAAGAAAGCAGAAAAGAUGAAGUCAAAGUCUGCCAAUGAAAGUGAUAACGAAGGUGAAGAAGGUGACGAUGAACAAGAAGAAGGCAUAAUACCGGAGAUGGUAACCAACAGAAUGAUCAGUAGAAUAGGGUUCACAGUGGGAAUUCCCCUGUUAAUAGGACUUCUCUUCUUUCCAUUCUUUUACUAUCUCAAGGUUGGUUUAAAGAUUGAUGUUCCUACUUGGGUGCCCUUCAUUGUUUCAUUUAUCUUCUUCGGCUCUGCGCUUCUGGGGGUAAGUUAUGGCAUUGUAUCAUCGAGUUGGGAUCCAUUGAGGGAAGGCUCACUGUUGGGUUGGAAUGAGGCACAGAAGAAUUGGCCUGUUUUUUGGCAAUCUCUUUGGGGAGGAUCUAGCAAGAAGUAGAACUUCACAUUUUCUUUUGGUCCCUACAGAGUGGCAGAAAUGUUGUUAUUAUCAAAUAAUCAAAGCAAAUUUGAUGGGUCUUGCUUGCAUAAUUUUUUGAAUCUGUCUUUUCAAU